AUGUCCAAAGCGGUGGUAGAGCCAGAGGAAGUUGACGAUGGAAAGGUCACUAUCCUCUUCGGAACUCAGACUGGUACCACAGAAGGCUUUGCCAAGAUAUGGAAGUGGCGAACCUACCGACUGUACAACAUGGUUCUAUUAAGUGAUUUGCAAAGGAAGAAGAGAGGGGAAGGGACUGGCUUAAGAAUCUUAAUUAUGGAGUAUUUAGCUUUGGAAACAGACAAUUUGAGCAUUCUAACAAGCAGCGUUCGGGGUGGAGGUGGUGUCGAUGGUGCUGUGUGGAUUUGUUGUGGCUGUGGUUGUGUGGCUGUGGGUGUGGCUGAUGGGUGGGUGGAUUUGGUGUGGGUGUGGUUGUGGGAAGCUGUGUGGUGGUGA